AUGUUCUUCGGCAACGGGCCCCAAGCGGGUCCGAAAGUUGGCGGACCAGUCACCUAUCGCAAUCCGCUGCGCGUCGUUGCGCAUUUGGACAUCGACGGUGCCUAUGCGCAGUUUGAACAAGUCCGCCUGGGCUUACCUGACGACGUUCCGCUCAUCUGCGCUCAGUGGGACAGCAUCAUUGCGGUGAACUACCCAGCGAGGGCUUACGGUAUCAAGCGAAUGACGACCAUUGUUGACGCGAAGAAGGCGUGCCCCCACCUAUACGUGCAGCACGUGCCGACUUACCGCGAGGGCGAGUCUGAGGCGGGGUACUGGGAUGAGGUAGACCGGCAGACCCAAAAGGUGUCAUUGGAUCCGUAUCGGCGAGAAAGUCUGAAGAUCCUGGCCGUGUUUCGCGAGAUGGCACCGAAGGCGGAGCUUGCGUCGAUUGAUGAAGCCUUCCUCGACUUGACGCCCAUGGUUCUCGAUGAGCUUUUGAAGCGCUUUCCCUACCUUUCGGCUGUUCCAGAGGACGCCCCUGACGGGCUCGACUCGCCGCUCCCACCCCCUCCACCAGUUGACUGGACCAACGCCGGUAAUCUGUUCCCGAACAAGGUCAAGGUUGAGGGUGAGGAAGAUGAUGGCGAAGAAGAGGACGGACCUGACACGUGGGAGGACUGGGCUUUGUGCAUCGGCGCACAGAUCACAGCCACAACGAGGGAAGAGGGUAUCGGACAUAAUAAGACUUUGGCAAAGAAGCCAAAUAACCAGACCGUGCUUCGACACUCAGCGACACCAGCUUUCCUCGGGCCUAUGGAUUUCACAGACACAGUGAAGGAGAAACUUAGCGUCAAGUCGAUGCUCGCCUCGAAGAAUACCAUACCGGCCGUGACUUCGACCGCUGGCGGUUACCACUGGCUUUCAGUGCUAGCCGGCGAGUUAGCGGUGCGCCUCCGCGAGUCGCGAGAGGUGACACCCGGACUAUGGCCAAAGACUAUCGUGCUGUCCACACGAUCAGCGCUGGCGGCGAAUCCCUGGCAGCACCGCACUGUGCAGAUGCCUUUCCCCUUUACUCGUCACCUUGAUGCCGACUACAUUGCCAAGUACGGCCGAAAGCUCUGGGACGACAAUAUUGGCAAGCAGGAGCGCAUCAAGCUCACGAACAUCAGCCUUCAGUUCACGGGGCUCGCGAAGCUGGAAGCUGGACAGAGAGGGAUCGAGGGCUUCUUCAGUAAGGGGGCCGCCAAGAAAGAGGAGGGGCCGAGGAGUAGUGAGGAGAAGGGACGGGAGGUGCAGGACCACGCGCCUGACCCCAAAAGUCAGAGCCUUAAGCGAGAGCGCUCCGUGUCCAAGGCACCUGAGAUCGAGGCUAAACGUCGAAAGCAGCCGAAGGGUAUCGAGACCUUCCUCUCCAAGUCGUCUUCGGCUUCGAACACUCCAGCGACUCCUAUCAGUGUUGACUCUGGCUCAACCUCGGCCGCCUCGGGCUCGGUGACACCGGUACUGGCUGCUGAUGGCUCGGACGAUGCUGCCGACCGAGCUGUUGGGGAGAAGGAAGAGGGCGACGAGUCUGGGUGGUCGUGUCCAAAGUGCUCUGAGCGCUUCGUGCUGCCCGACCAUGUCCCUUCGUCGGAAGCAGAGGAGUGGAAGCGCGCCACGAAGCAGGAACAUGAGGACUUCCAUUUUGCGCUCUCAUUGCAGGAAGGCGGGAGCCCGCCACGCCAGCCUCGCCCUCCAACCUCAACGUCCAGCUCCUCAAGCAAACCGAAGAAAAAGGGCAAACCGGACAUCAAGAGCUUCUUCGCGCCGAAGAAGUGA